UUCCCUGAUUUUAGCCUUGACGACAAGGAUCGUCUUCAUAGGGAUGGGAAUGAUGCGAAUGUUGGUAGAGAACUGAAGAAUGCCUAUAAUCGUGUGAGGAGAAUGAAGAUGCGUGAGGAGAAGAGGUGUGGGUCCAUUAAAGAAUCCGCAGCUCACACGAGAUAA